CUGGCAGUCCUUCAGUUGUCCCUUGGGUCAACCUGCAGAACCUUUGGGCUGGUCCUGCUGUGAAGAGUCAGCCUUGCUGCUGCCUGGGUGGAAGGCCCUGACCAAACCUGAGGAAAAGACGUGGCUGAGUUUGCUCACAGCAUGGAUAACAGCAGUGGUCCUGUUUUUCUCCUUACCUUGCUCCUGCUGCAGAACACGAGCAGCCCCAAAGCCUCCACCCCUCCUGCUGGCUACGAGAUGGCAGAACCUCCACCAUCAGGAGCCAGCUCCAGCAUGAACCACUCUCUGGUAGAAUAUGGGCUGAGGCCAGGGGAAAUCGCAGCUGCCACUGUGGUUUGGGGAGCUCUGUGGCUGAUCUCUGUCCUGGGAAACUUCCUCGUCUGCUUAAUGAUCCACAGGAGCAGGAGGACACAGUCCACCACCAACUACUUUGUGGUGUCCAUGGCCUGUGCAGACCUCGUGAGCAGCGUGGGGAGCGCGCCCUUCUUGCUGCUGCAGCUGAGCUCUGGGCAGUGGAUGCUGGGCAGCAGGGUGUGCCAGCUGGUCAGAUACAUCCAGUACCUCACACCUGGAGUCCAGAUCUAUGUGCUCCUCGCCAUCAGUGUGGAUCGAUUCUAUACUCUCAUCCAUCCUCUGAAUUUCAAAGUGUCAAGGGAGAAAGCCAAGAGAAUGACUCUGGUCUCUUGGCUCUGUGGUGCUGUGUUUGCAUCACCAGCCUGUUUUCUCUACGGCUUCAACAGCGACCACCACUGCAACUUUUUCCUCCCCAAUUCCUGGCUAGGAACUGCCUCUGGUGUCAUCCACCUGUCAGUGCUGUUGCUUUUGAUCCCAUCACUUCUCAUUAUCCUCUGCUACCAGAAACUCUUCACCUACAUUUGGAGAAGUGGCACUGAGGACAUAGCUGGCAGGAGGACAAUGAAUCUUGUCUCAAGAAGAAAAGUGAAAACUGUCAAGAUGUUUUUCAUUUUUGUCUUGGAUUUUCUCCUGUCCUGGCUCCCUUUUUUCACAGUACAGUUGUGGCACCCACAGGAAACAGACUACAGAAAGAGCUCCUUGCUUUUCCUGGCCAUCACCUGGAUCUCCUUCAGUUCCUCAGCCUCUAAACCAACCCUCUUCUACAUCUAUAAUGCAAACUUCAGAAGAGGAAUGAAAGAAAUUUGUUGCAUGUGCAAAUAUCCCAGAAGCAACAUCUACACCAUUACUACCAGUUUCAGUACAGCCAAAAAUAAUCACAUUGGGAUCACAGAUAUCCCAGCAUCAUCCCAACCUCACCAAAGGCUCCACCUAUGAUGCUUUUAACAGAGAAGUCAAGGAGCAGGAGCUUGCCAGGCCUGGUGGGUUCAAUACCACAAAUAUGUUUGCCAAGAGGGUUUCAUUACUUUGAAAAG